GUACAAUAUCUGAAACCUAAACUACAGAAUGACUGAAAUGAGCUCCUCACCACCAACUGACAGGUCUAGUGAUGGCAGUCUGGACAGAUUCACCUAUUUUAAAAAAGAAGAUUUUGAAGUAGACUGGGACAAAGUGUCUGACCGCAGUUUUGGCCAAGUCUACAAAGUGAAGCUCAAGCUAUGGAGGGAGAAGUGCGCCGUCAAGACUUUCACUAGCUCGAGUGAUUACAGGAACAUGGUGCAGGUCUCUAAAAAAGGGAGGACCAAAUUCAAAUACCUGAUAUCCAAUUAUGGGCUGUGUAAAGACCCAAUUGCUGUGGUAAUGGAAUAUAUGAGCAAAGGGUCCCUGGACAGCCUUCUCGCAACUCAUAUACUGAUGUGGCCAAAGAAGUUCCUGAUGAUCCAUGAGGUGACCAUGGGCAUGAACUUCCUUCACAGCAUGAACCCCCCUCUCCUUCAUCUGAACUUAAAGCUGGCCAACAUCCUGCUUGAUGAUCAUCUUCAUAUUAAGAUUUCAGAUUUUGGUCUAAUUAAAUGGGAAGAAUCUUCUAGCAAGUUCAUUGAACAUUUGACAGCUCGGGGAAACAUUAAUUACGUUCCCCCAGAAACGUUUUCCCAAACUCCUGAGCCUCCUACUGUCAAGUAUGAUGUUUACAGCUUCUCCAUUGUGAUGUGGGAGAUUUUAACUCAGAAGCGUCCAUACUCUGGAAUGAAUAUGACUGAAAUAUUGCUCAGAGUGUCAUCUGGCAAAAGGCUGGGUUUGGAGAAGAUCCCUGAUGACAAGCCUCAGGAGUGUGAGGACAUGAUUGAACUGAUGCAGCGAUGCUGGCACCAAAACUACAGACAAAGACCUGCCUUCUCUGAAGCGGUGUGGAUGACUGAAGCUCUAAGUGAUGUCCUGAAAAUCCCAGACAUGAUACAGAUAAGGAAGGGAUCGUUUAAGCUCAGAUCAGCCCCGUCCAUCUGGCACAGGACAAAUGAUCCAUCCGAUGGACAAUCAGAUGUUAACAGUUCGAGCCAAAACAUUCUGACUUACCUGGAGCAGAAGGAUUUUGUGUCAUUCAAGAAUGUCUUGAGGAAAGAGCACAUCUCAAUGCUCUUCAGGGACAACAACUCUCUCCUCCACUACGCCGUUGCCAGCAGUGAUGUUGAGAGCGUGCAGAUGGUGCUGAGUCUGGGGGCUUCAGUGAACUGCCAAAGUGCUAAAGGCUACACGCCACUCAUUGUCGCAUUGCUCCGGAAGUUCUACAAUAUUUGCACGUUGCUCAUUGACAAUGGGGCCGACGUCAACCUUGCUGACCAGGACCUGUGGAACCCAAUGCAUUUUGCAGUGCAGGGUGGGGAUGACCGUGCUGUUCGUCUGCUACUGGACAACAAGGCUAUAGCAGACGUCAAGGACAAGGACGGCUGGACUCCUCUACACCUGGCUGCUCAGAACGGCCAUGAGAGCGUUGUGCGCCUUUUGCUGCCACGCUUGAGCAGCGUAGAUGAACAAGAGCACCAAUCUGGAAGGACAGCGCUGCAUAUAGCCUGCAUGUAUGGUUACCUGAACAUAGCCAAACUCCUGAUUGUGAAAGGAGCUGACCCAAAUAAGACAGAUGCUGAGAAAGCCACUGCUUUGCACCAGGCUGCUGAGGAGGGUCACUUCAGAGUGGUUCGGCUGCUGGUGCAGAACAAGGCGGAUGUGAAUAUUAUCAAUGGACAUAACUACAGUGCCUUGCAUUUAGCUGCUCUGAGAGGAUGCACUGGCAUCUGCAGGUUCUUGUUGAACCAUGGGGCAGACCCUGAUGUUAGAACCCACCAGAAGUGGACACCCAUGCAUCUGGCCGCACUGAAGGGCCAUCCAGAGACGGUGCUGGUGCUCGAGGAUCACAAAGGCUCAUUGGAUGCCCAGGGUGAAGGCAGCUGGACAGCCUUGCACCUGGCUUGUUACCACACGCAAGAAGAGGUGGUGGCUGUGCUGUUGACUGCCGGUGCCAACCCCAACCUGAGUGAGGAUGCCGGCUGGACGCCCCUCCACCUGGCCUGCAGUAAAGGCAUCUUUCCAAGUGUGUUGCAGCUCAUCGCCAAGCAGGCCGAUGUCAACGCCCAGAACAGCGUUCAGAAUACCCCACUGCACCUGGCUGUGCAGACAGGAAACGCCCCGAUUGUGAAAGCCCUGCUAAUGAAUAAUGCACACAGACACAUAGUAAACUCUAAAGGGUACACAGCCUUAGCCUUGGCUCAACAGCACCACAACGAAGAGAUUAUGCAGUUACUGGACAGCUAGAGCACUAGAUAAGACAUUCAAAACAAGCCACAUGUAAUGACAGAUAACAACAUUAGGACGGAGGGGGAGGAGUACAUUGAUUUCUCAUAUCGAUUCCUCCCUUCCACAUCCUCCUCUUCCCGCCUCUGUUGUGAUUUAUUUUUCUCAUUUUGUUAGUAUAUGUCUAUUGAUUUUGCACAGGGACAUUUUCAUAAUGUGAUGGCUCACUGAAUGAAACAAAAAAAGCCAAUGCUCAGACACAGGUAGCCUGUCAGGAAUUCGCUCCUCCACAGUGAAUGAAUGGCGCUUCCACUGUACUCAGCUUGCUGGUGGGUGAAUAUGCAUUUGGUUCACUUUAUAGCCUCAUAAUUGCAUAAACCAUCCACUGACAGGAAGAAACAUGUCUUAAUACAUCUACGAUGAUAAUCUCAUUGUGAAGAAAUGAAAUCCAUUCAUGGAAUUCCAAUCCCUUAAACCACUUCCACAGCACAGAGCUCAAAACUGGUGUGACAACAUUCUUCCGGCUGCUCAGCAGAGCUCAACUGCUGACUGACUUCUUUGCUUUGUAUCUAAAGGCCAUGAACAGUAUCAACAACAUGUACAAGGACUUCAUUUUAUUACAUGGCGCAAGUAAUUAUUAACCAUGGAAUAUAUUUAGAUGGUGGACCGUUCUCAACAAAGCAGUGGCACAUGUUUGUGGCUAACUGUGGCUGAGGUUUUAUAUAUUUUUAUUUUUGUAUAUAUGUUAGUUGCGCUGCUGUGUAGGGAAUAGUCCACCACCGGAAUCGUAUCUGGUUACUGGUGAGUCUGAAAGGAAGUGUAGGGGUCAAGAAGCUGUGACUGGAAAAAAGAAGGACAUUUGCAAAUCAAACAAAGACAUUGCUGGUGCUGUCAGAACAGUGGACUGACCACCCUAGAGCCCAGAGGACAACAUUGCAGAAUAUGUUUAGGAUUACUUGGAUUGUAAGAAGCAGAAAAUGCAACUUCUACAGAAGAUCCCUGCAGUUCUUCAGCUGAAAGCGAGUGGCUGAAAAGAAUGGAAGCUGUAAUAUGUAUGUGUGUGUGUGUGUGUGUGUGUGUGUAU